AUGUCUAAAUAUUGUUUUGUACAACCUUCCUUGGAAUAUUUAGGCCAUAUAGUUACAUCUGAAGGGGUUUCUGCAGAUCGAACAAAAAUUGCUUGUAUGCAGUCUUGGCCAGUACCUAAAAAUCUUAAGGAACUUAGGGGUUUCCUUGGGCUCACUGGAUAUUAUAGGAAGUUUGUGCAGCACUAUGGAUCUAUCAGCAAGCCACUCACCAACCUUCUCAAGAAAAAUUUAUUCAUAUGGAGCUCAGCUGCUACAAAUGCAUUUGAGGCACUUAAAUUAGCCAUGAGCACUACACCUUCCUUGGCUUUGCCAGACUUUACCAAGACAUUUGUUGUUGAAAGUGAUGCCAGUGACCUGUGCAUUGGAGAUGUACUACUUCAGGAAGGUAAACCUAUAGCUUACUUCAGCAAGCCAUUAAGACCCAGAGCUAGAGCACUUUCCACUUAUGAGAAGGAAUUCCUAGCCAUUGUCCUGGCUGUGCAAAGGUGGAGGCAUUAUUUACAAGGCCACAAGUUUAUCAUCAGAACAGAUCAUCAAAAUAUUCAGUAUUUUCUUAACCAAAAAAUCACUACUUCUCUACAACAAAAAUAUCUCAUUAAACUUUUGGGAUUUGAUUAUGAAAUACAAUAUAAGAAGGGUACUGCAAAUAUUGUUGAUGAUGCUCUGUCUAGAAGACCAAUGACUGAAGCUGCUUGCAAUGCAAUAUAUCUUUCUACACCAUCAUGGGUACAAGAUGUCAUCCACAGUUAUGACCAAGAUCACAAAGCAGCACAAAUUAUUUCACAUCUACUUCUCCAAUAUGAUAGUGUUCCUCACUUCACCUACAAGGAAGGCAUCUUAAGAUACAAAAACAGGCUCUACAUUGGCACUGGUGGUCAGAUCAAGCAUGGCAACAUCACCAUGGAUUUCAUUGAUGGCCUCCCUAUCAGCAACAGAAAAUCUGUCAUUUUAGUCAUUGUUGAGAGGCUCACAAAGUAUGCUCAUUUUAUUGCUCUGCAGCAUCCAUACACUGCUGCUUCUAUGGCCCAAGAAUUUCUCACUAAUGUGUUCAAAUUACAUGGUUUACCCUCUUCCAUUGUGUCAGACAGAGACAAGAUGUUCACCAUCAAUUUUUGGCAAGAUUUGUUCAAAUCCUUGGGAACUGAACUAAACUUGAGCACUUCUUAUUACCCCCAAACUGAUGGGCAAACUGAAAGAGUUAAUGCCUGCCUGGAGAAUUAUUUGAGGUGUAUCUGUGGCCACAAACCAAGCAACUGGAGUCAAUGUCUAGCACUGGUAGAAUGGUGGUACAACACCAGCUAUCAUAGAGGCCUGAAAAUUUCACCAUUUCAAGUAUUAUAUGGGUAUGUACCUCCUCACAUGGCUUUUCCAACUACUGCAACAACAUCUGUGGAUGCAGUGGAAUCAUACUUAAAGGAGAGAGCUACUAUGAUAGAGUUACUCAAAGAAUCACUGGGUAAGGCCCAAGAACGUAUGAAACUCUAUGCUGACAUUUCCAGAGUUGAAAGAUCAUUUGUGGUAGGAGAUCUUGUCUAUCUGAAGCUUCAACCAUAUAGACAGGCCUCUGUGUCCCUAAGAAAAAACUUUAAACUUUCAGAAAAGUUUUAUGGCCCUUUCAAGAAAGUGUUGCAGACAAGAACUAUCAUCAUCGUAAAACAGUUGGUGCCUCAGGUUUUGAUUCAAUUGACAAAUUCUUCACCGGGGGAGGCUACUUGGGAAGCAAUCUCCAACAUCAAAGCUCAUUACCCUAGAUUUAUCCUUGAGGACAAGGAUUCUCUUCAGGGGAAGGCAAUGUUGCAUUCUGUUGGGAAACAACACACACCUUAG